UUUCCCGACAGUUAUAAAAGCGAGGCCUCGUCAUCCAGUCGGGUCACACGCCUUGUGUUUGAUACACGGAGCUCCUUCUUCUCUUGGCUCACAUACUGGAAGCAGCAGGUGCGCAGGUGGGCAGGUGGGCAGGCAGGUGCAAACCACGACUGCUGUUGAAAACACGAGGGAGGCUUUGACGAUGUCCAAGAUGCCCCCACCACCACGACCACCACCGCGGGGCGCUGCACGGAACUCACACAAGCAGGGGCAGCAACCCUCUCCUACCUUCAACAAUGCUGCAGUGUCGGGGAACCUGCAAAAGCCGACCUCAGACACAACUCUAAGCUCAGAAAUGGAAGAGGCACAGCUGAGGUCAGAAGGUCAUGAUCAUACAGAAGACAGUGAAGGCAGUUCGAGUCCAGAAGAGCCGGAAACUCAGCAGGAGGACAGGAAGGAAGAGACCACUCAACUACCGAAGGGUAAAGGCCUUUACAGCAUCGGCAACAGCCUAAAGAACCAAGUGUCAAAGGCCAAGCUGGGAGGCAAGAAGCAGAAACAUGAUCAGGAGAUGACGAAGGCUGAAAGCGGGAAGACAGACGAGAGAGAACAGCACAAAGAAGAGGAAAGGAAGGACUAUGUCAUUGACCCCACAGUGGCGAGCCCAGCUCUGUCUGUUGCUAACGAGGUGGACAAAGCCAAGGUGGACAUCAGCGUCGGAGCGGUGAACAUCGAGGCAGGUGACAGGGCAACGAUCCUUAAGGAAGGCGGCGACAUGGAGAUCGCUAAUAAGGCUAAGGAGGCGGAGGUAAAGAUCGAGAUUGAUGACGUCACUAUGAAGCUUGGCGAUGACGUCACUGUUCACACCGCAGGUGGCGGGCUGCGUCUGGACGCCCUGGGCAGCACAACAGUGGAUGUCAAGGCCGGGGCUCAGACCAUCAAGAUGGAGGACAAGGCCAAGCUGACAGUUCAUGGCAUGGACGUGGCAGGGGAGGUGACCAGCGCUAGUAUCCAGAAGGGCGCAGUGGAUAUUCAGAUGGGAGCAGAGGCCGAGAUUGUGAUUAAAGGACCGCUACCGACUGACCUUCACGAGGUAAAGGACGAGGAAGAUGAUGAAGACACUUUGACGAUUCGUGCAAAAGACAGGCAGCGACUUGUUCUGGAAGCUGGAGAAGAAGGCAAUGACGAGGAGGAGAGAACUCUGGGACACGAGAUUAUCACCAGAGGGCGCCAGGCGUAUAAAGUCCUUCACGAAGAACGACUGAUCUACUGGAAGGGGUUGAGCCGGUGCCAGAACCGACAGUGCGAGAGCAAGAGACUUCGCAUGGAGCUUGGCAACGACAUCACCAUCAUCGACACACGAGGGCGGCACGACCUUCAGGCGUGUGUGUGCGUCUGUCUCGCGUGCAAGAAAGAAAUGCUUCCAAGGGAGGAAACCUAUCUUAAACAAGGGUUGUGGCCCGUGGAGCGAGGUCGCUAUUUAAUUGACGUGGAGCUCUUUCGUUUCUACGAGAGUCUGCGAGACUGCUGCAAGGAACUGUCACCUCAAACCUUCGUGGCUGCCCUGGGCCACCUGUCGGAGAAAUAUGGCAGGAGCAAGGAGCUCAAUGAGACUAUUUUUCUCAACGCAUUUUUCGAGUGGAAGAAGACACAGCAGUGACGGGGCAGUUCAUGCGUGUCGUCCAGUGACGUCAUCUGGUGGCGACACCUUGUGACCAUUACCUGUAUCUACCUGCUUGUCAACAAUUACAUUAUGAGAUACUAUUGUUGUUUGUCUGUAGACUAUGGGAUACUGUUGUUGUUGUUGGUCUGUAGACUAUGGGAUACUGUUGUUGUUGUUGGUCUGUAGACUAUGGGAAACUGUUGUCGCUGGUUUCUCCCAGGCUCAACAUGUUGUUAAGUAUCCGGGUGGAUCUUCGGGUUCCAGUCUGCGAGUACCACUGGGAAGCACUCCUAAGCUAUUGCUGAUCUGGUCUUGUCUAUCGUCUACCGGAAUUUAAAAUAUUUUUCCCGUCAUUGUCUUGGGGAUCAAAUUUUUGAAGUGUCAACCUGAGCAUCGAUAGUGUUGUCCUGGCAGACAGGUAAAUAAAAAUCUGUGUUUGAGGUUACAGGUGAGAGACUCUAACCAUAUCCAUGCGGGCAGUAGGACACAUUAACAUGUCAUGUCAGUCAUUUGUUAACAUCUGUCAUCAGGUUUCAUGACCAUGUUGCCAUCUCUGAUAUCAAGCGCAAUAAACUCUGGUUUAUAACUCUUUACUCUCA